ACAGACAGAGCUGGGAUGGGCACCAGGAUGGCCUCGGAAAGGGACAGCACCAGCCCGCACGGCAUGAAUCCUCACCUCCGGAUCAACGGGCCCAUGAACAUCAACCACUACGCCACCAAGAAGAGCGUGGCAGAGAGCAUGCUGGAUGUGGCCCUGUUCAUGGCCAAUGUCACCCAGCUCAAAGCUGUGCUGGAGCAGGGCACGUCCUUCCAGUACUACUCCACCCUCAUCGUGCUCAUCAGCAUCUCCCUCUUCUUCCAGGUGAUGAUUGGGAUUCUCCUGAUCGUCACUGCUCGUUUGAACCUGAAUGACAUUGCAAAGCAACCCCGCCUGAAUAUACUGAACAACACUGCCACAGCUCUCAUCUUCAUCACAGUCAUCCUCAACAUCUUCAUCACAGCCUUCGGGGUGCAGAAGACUGGCCUCUACCCCAGCAGGAAUUUUGGACCUUAUUAAUUAAUGGGGCAAUGGACUGAGGCUCUGAGCAGUGCAGCUCUCCUCCACGCUUCCACUGACCUCAGCAGGAGCCCAUGGAUGAAUCCAGAAAACUGGGUUAAACUUCAAAACUCUGUGUGUCAUAGCAUUCCUGGCACCCUUACUCUCAUGCUUUUGCAGUUCUGAGAGGUGGGAACAUUGCCUUUCCAAGCUAGAGCAAACUUUGCAAGAGAAAACUGCAGGAACAGCAGCAGGUAUACAUUUUAAAAGUGCAGUUCUGUAAACCUCUUUUCUUAUUUUAGCUUCCUGCUUCACAUAUUCAAUAUUGGCUCAUUUGGUAGAGAAGAGUGAAUGAUUUGCUUUGUAGGCUAAAGAAGUAAGUCCAGCUUUUUUUUGGUCUCAAACCUAAGUUGAUGAAGCAAUUGUACCUAAUAGUUUACCUCCCAAAUGUUGGAAUGGAUUUGUCAAAACUAAAAAA